CCAUAUUUGAAUCCAAUCUAACAUAUCCUAUCUACCUUUAUCCUUUCAAACAAACGUCACCCGAAUCCAUAACGGUUAAAACAUAAACAACACCCGUAAGUUUAAAACAGUUGGAAUCAAUUAGUCCGACCGCUCCCCCGCCGCAAUGGCCGAGACGACGUCGUAUCUACCAAUCGAACCCACCAACUUCGACCUCAUCGUUGUCGGCACCGGCUUACCAUCAUCCAUAAUCGCGGCCGCUGCCUCCGCCGCUGGAAAAUCCGUAAUCCACCUUGACUCCAACCCCUUCUACGGCUCCCACUUCUCCUCUCUCCCCCUCGACGACCUCACCUCCUUCCUCCAUUCCCAGUCCCAAUCAUUGGAUCCGAAUCUUCAUAUACCGCCACCCCAAUCCAACGAUACUGAUGAAUUUAUCGCUGUUUCUCUCACCACCCAACGUAUGUACUCCGAAGUCGAGAUCUCCUCUUAUUCCACCGAACCCCUCGAACAAUCUCGAAAGUUCAGCAUCGAUUUGGCAGGACCUAGGGUUUUCUUCUGUGCUGAUUCCGUCGUUGACCUCAUGCUGAGGUUGGGGGUGAAUCAGUACAUGGAGUUUCAGAGUAUUGAGGGGAGUUUUGUCUGUGAUGGUGACGGAAAGCUUUGGAAUGUGCCGGAUUCGCGAAAAGCCAUAUUCAAAGAUAGGAGUCUAGGGCUUACCGAGAAGAAUCAGCUGAUGAGAUUCUUUAAGCUGGUUCAGGAACAUUUGCAAGCUGUUGGUUCUGUUGAUGGCGAGAGCGGUGAAAAUAAGAGGAUUUCGGAGGAGGAUUUGGAGAGUCCGUUCGUGGUUUUCUUGGAGAAAAUGGGGUUUUCACCGAAGUUGAAAUCGAUUAUUCUAUAUGCAAUAGCCAUGACAGAUUAUGAUCAAGAGAAUGUGAAAGUCUGUAAAGAUGCUGUCAAGACAAAGGAGGGAAUUAGUCGUUUAGCACUUUACCACUCCUCAGUUGGCAGGUUCCCUAACGCACUAGGGGCUUUGAUUUACCCUUUGCAUGGUCAAGGGGAACUCCCACAAGCGUUUUGCCGCCGUGCUGCUGUCAAAGGCUCUCUGUAUGUUCUGCGAAUGGCUGUGAUUGCUCUGCAUAUAGACAAGGCUAGUAGGAGUUGUAAAGGGGUUAAGUUAGCUUCUGGUCAGGAGCUAUUCAGCCAUCAGGUGAUCCUAGAUCCAUCAUUUACAGUUCCAUCUCCAGUUCCUAAUUCUCCCUCAGGUUUUCUGCAAGAUAGUUCUCAGAUCUUUGGCCUGAGGGAUGUUAAAGGAAAGGUGGCUAGGGGAAUAUGCAUUACAAAGACUUCCUUAAAGGCAGAUGUAAUAAAUCUUCUGGCGUUAUAUCCUCCUAAAUCUCUGUAUCCUGAACAGGUGACAUCAGUUCGAGUUCUCCAGCUAGGAAGCAAUUUAGCUGUUUGUCCUCCUGGCAUGUUUAUAUUAUAUCUUUCAGCUUUGUGUGACAAUGCCAUUCAAGGGAAAAACUUACUUCAUGCAGCCAUAAAUGCUCUAUUUUCAGCCCCCGUGCCUGGAAAUGCUGAAAAUAGUAACACUGAUCAGAAUGAGAAUGCAGAACAAGUGAAACCCGGCCUACUUUGGAGUGUCUUCUACAUACAGGAGCUUAUUAUGGGGUCAUGCAAAUCAGUUAGUUUUACCCCAAUGCCAGAUGGGAAUCUAAACUACAGUGAUGUUUUAGACGAGGCUAUGAAGCUAUUUCAGAAGAUGUAUCCUCAUGAAGAAUUCUUCCCAGAGACAGCCCAGUCCGAUAAGCUUGAGGAUGAGGUUGAUCUUGAUGUAGAGUCCUAACGAUGAUUUGGUUGGCCGCUAAGAGUUCUCUAUCAAAGUGUGGCACCGAUAACGUAAAAGCUAAUUACCCAUGUCUGCCUCGAAUGUUGAAGAAGUAAUAAGGAGACAUCUGAAAUGGCAGCUGUUUGUUACAUGAAACAGACGAGUUUUCUGUUCAAAUUGCACCAACAGGCGCUAGUAAUUUGGCUGAUUAUUCACUAUUGCAGAAGGGCUAGAGGGCAUCCCAUUGGUUACUUCCUUGACUAUUUUUCUCACACAAACGAAGGACUGGAGAACCGUACCAUUCAGUAUUUUACUUCAAGUUCACUGCAAGUCUGUAACUGAGAAGCAUACCAUGACCCCAUUUUUUUUUCUUUUUUUUUUUUUGUGUUUUUU